CAACACCGUUUUGACUGUGGUAUGUUUUUGUGUCCCUCCUGUUUGCUGCUAGCCACCACUGUGUACACACAUAAGAAAAAAUUACACACACAAAAUGUGUGCACGGAGAUUAAAUAUUUCGAGUUCAGGUGUACUUUAUGAAACCAUUCGGCUAAAUAAGUUGUUUUUUUUUUUUAACAGAUAUGUUUAUUUUGCCACGAUAGCACAUACAGGCAUUGCACAAGGCGUAAUAUUGGGGUAUAUAAGAGAACUGCACGUUUUUAAACAAAUAACAGGCUAAUACAGGUUGUGUCAGAGAAUGGUAAGGCAUUAGGCGUGAUUGUAACUCGAGUAGUCUGACAUUAACCUUUUCCAGGAGGAGAGAACGAUACAACAUGCUUAAAUAUGAUUUAAGUUUUUUUGUUUUUUUUCAUAUACAAGGCAUUUAUAUUUGUGUUUGUCAUUCACAAAUGCAAUUACCAAAUAUUAACACUAGAUGGAACUAAAAUCCACAACAAACUUGCAACGUGAGUCACGUGGAGGAAUAAACUUUCCCCUUUCCCCACAAUGCUUCGGGGUUUGAAUCAAGGACAUUGGAAGUAAAAUGUCCCAGAAGAAGGUUCUUGAAUUGUUCUAUGAUGUGAUCUCCCCCUAUUCUUGGCUGGGGUUUGAGGUGAGAGAAUGAAUAGCAUUUCAUAUUGCUGUCAGUGAAACUUUUACAAAGGUGGGUCAGACUUUACAUGGUGAACACACAGCCUGGAGCAGUGAUCACUGCUUUGUACAUAGCUUUAUAUUUAUUUACAUUAUUACUGCAGUUAGCUAAGCAGGUGUUUCUCAUUGUUAAUUUCAGCAGGCCAAAUGGUUUGUUCAGGCUGAAACAUUUAAUACAUUUUAGAGAUUUAAAAAAAAUUAAUAAUUUGAAUAUAUAAAAUAUAUUUUUUUCUUAUUCGAAUCCAGGGGCUGCCCGCAUGCGCAAUCCAAAAUUUAUUUUUGCACACCUGUACACGUAUUGAUAGGCAGCACAGGUAAGGUGUUUACCUGCAAUAUGUACAGAUACAAAUUCUGCAAGUAGGAAACCGUGAUAUUAAAGAUGAAUCCUGCAGUACGUGAAUGCUGCAUACUAUAUUUUCAAAGUGCUAUUUUGAUAACCGUAGAGGCUGAGACCUAAUCAUGUCACUUCACUUUUUUUUUUUGUACUUGUUAAUUGAAAACUUACCGUUCCAUCCUGAACCCAGGUGUAGGAAUUCUAUCUUGUAGAAAGUUGCACGGUUGAAGCAUUUUAACCCCUUAAGGACUGAGCCAAAUGUACACGUUGUGAACAAAACAAAACGUAAACAAAACCUGGCAUUUGCACUACAUGUCUGUCCAACCGUAUUUCACCUCUUUCAUAUUAAAUGCACCCACCCUUAUUAUAUAUCAUUUUAUUCAGGGGAAACAGGGCUUUCAUUUAAUAUCAAAUAUUUAGCUAUGAAACAUAAUUUAAUAUUAAAAAAAAUGGGAGAAAAUAAGUUUUUUUUAAUGACGUUUUAACUGUCAAUGUCAUAAUACUGUUUGCUUUUACGGCAAUAAAAUACACAUAUUUGUAUUCAGCAAAGUCUCACGUGUAAAACAGUACACCCUAUGUACAGGUUUUAUGGCGUUUUGGGAAGUUACAGGGUCAAAUAUAGCAUGUUACAUUUGAAAUUGAAAUUCGCCAGAUUGGUUACGUUGCCUUUGGGACUGUAUAGUAGCCCAGGAAUAAAAUCUACACCCAUAAUGGCAUACCAUUUGCAAUAGUAGACAACCCAAGGUAUUGCAAAUGGGGUAUGUCCAGUCUUUUUUAGUAGCCAUUUGGUCACAAACACUGGCCAAAGUUAGCGUUAGUAUUUGUUUGUGUGUGAAAAAUGCAAAAAACGCCAAUUUUGGCCAGUGUUUGUGACUAAGUGGCUACUAAAAAAGACUGGACAUACCCCGUUUGCAAUACCUUGGGUUGUCUACUAUUGCAAAUGGUAUGCCAUCAUAGGGGUAAUUUUCAUUCUUGGGCUACCAUAGGGUCUCAAAGGCAACGUAAUCAAUCUGGCGAAUUUUAAUGUAAAAAAAAUGAAACCCAAGCCUUUUAUUUGACGCUGUAACUUUUGAAAACACCAUAAAACCUGUACAUGAGGGGUACUGUUAUACUCGGGAGACUUCGCUGAACACACACAUUUGUGUUUCAAAACAGUAAAAAGUGUAAGGGGUGCAGUGUGUGUGUAUGUGUGUGGCAGUGUAUGUGUGGGUGUGAUAAGAAGGGUAGGGGGGCUUUUUUUUUUUUAUAGUAUAUUUUUUUUAAAUAAAAUAAAUAUUCAUUAUGUCCCCCCCUCCCUUCUUACCUUUACUGGGAGGAGGGGGGACAUUUCUUGAUCCCUGGUGGUCAGGUGGGGAUGCCCUGGUGGUCCCAGUGGGAAUGCCUGGUGGCCCAGUGGGGAGAGUGAACUCUAGCCCACAGCUCCAGGGCUAGAGUUCACUCUUGCGAGAUUUGGAGCGUUGCCAUGAUAACCGCGGCAAUGCUCCGUGCUCGUGAGAGGAGGACCCGGAGGAGCUGCAGGCUGAGCUCCCGGGUCCUCUCUCACUCCCUCCCCCCGUCGGCUGCCAGCAUGGUGCUUGCGGACCGGGGAGGGAGAUCUCUGAUCUCCCCUCCGGUCCGAGAAGGCACAUUGUAGGGCUGGCGCCUGCAUGUGCUGGCAGGGGAGAGGGAGACUGUCGGUUUUCUCAGGGGGGAGGGGUGGGAUCCCCUGGAUCCGCUAUUGGGCAUACAUGUAUGUGUUCCUGACCCUAUAGUUUUCCUUUAAACUAGCCAUAUAUUGCAGUGCAUAUCCUAUAGAUAAAAAAAAAAAAAAAGUCAAACACAUCUAAAAAUAACAAACUGUGAUCCCACCAAGUGAGAAUGCUGGGUACUCUGAUAAGAGCAGCCUAUCUGGUAGAAGUGACACUAUAAGUGCAGUAUCCUACCCCCUCUCUCACCCCUCUGCUAUGAAACAAAAUUGCAAACUUUUGAAAAGCAAGAUGGAGUAGGUUAAGGACCAAGCUGAGGUGCUUUAUGGGUGAGGACUAUUCAAUAAUAAUAAUGUAAGUUUAUUAAAGUGCUGAUUUCUAAUAGACGCCUGCCUCCCCCCUUCACACCGUAGACCAGCGUCCAGACCUCAGAUCAGUAUGCUGUUUGGGUCUGUUCUGGGGAACAAGUGGAACUGCAGCUUUUGCAAACAGUUUUAAGAUAUACCCUCAGUGAAUACAUGCAUGAAAAUACAUGUAUUUAUUGGGGGUGUAUCUACUAAACAGUGAUUUUUAUUUUAUUAAUAUGGGCAGUGGAAUGUUUCUUUUUAAGUGAUAGAAAUUUGACAGUCACUGGAUUAUUUACUAAAGUGAGAAUUAUAGUCAAUUUACAAUUUAAGGCAAUACAACAUGUGUAUGUAAGCAGUAAACACACCUUUUGCUGGUUUUAUGGGGUAUGUGACACUCUGUCAUAGCCAUACUAUACAGCGGCCGCACAAAUGUGUGGCAGACCCAGCUGUGUGUAGCUUCAUUCAUGAAUAAAAUAUGAAUGAAGUUACUUGAACAAGGUGAUAGAAACCUGCCCAUUCUUUGUCCAAACGUUCUGCUUUUAUAUUAACUGCAGGAUUUUUUUCCUUUUUGGACCAGGUUCUCUGCCGGUAUAAAAAUAUAUGGAAUGUAGAUCUUCGUCUUCGCCCUGGGCUGCUAGGGGGAAUAAUGCAUGCUACUGGUAAGUUACUACAAUAUAAUGAAAUGGUCUAAUUUAAAGUGUCCCUAACAUUCCAUGGUUUUACUUCAUAGGGAAUAACAUUUCGCCUUUACGUUGAACUAGCUGGUUUGCAUAGGUCUAGAUAGGAAGAGUCAUUUCACUGUACAUACAUACACUAGACUUUACAGCUACAGACGGACCUCUCACUAAUGUGGUAUGUUAGGUUACAGACCAAACGUCUAUUGAGUAUAUGUUUUUAUCUUUGCAUAUAAGCUGUUCUUUUCACAAGCACAAAGUAUACAUUAAAGGGACACUAUAGUUACCAAAACAACUUUAGCUUAAUGAAGCAGUUUUGGUGUAUAGAUCAUGUCCCUGCAGUCUCAGUGCUCAAUUAUCUGCCAUUUAGGAGUUAAAUCACUUUGUUUAUGAGCCCUAGUCACACCUCCCUGCAUGUGACUUGCACCAUCUUCCAUAAACACUUCCUGUAAAAAGCCAUCUAAUGUUUAUCUUUCCUUUACUGCAAGUUCUGUUUAGAUUUUCUUAUUCCCCUGCUAGAGCCUCCUGUAUGUGAUUUAAAGUUCUAUUUACAGAGAAAGGGAUACACAUGGUAAAUUACAUCUGAUUGAAAGUAAAACAAGUUGUGUUUUUUUUUCAUGCAGGCUGUGUGAAUCAUAGCCAGAGGAGGUGUGACAAGGACUGCAUAAGCAGAAACAAAGUGAUUUAACUCCUAAAUGGCAGUGAAUUGAGCAGUGUAUAUCUACCUGAAUCUGAACUUAAUCAGUGCUUCACGGACAGGUUCAUUUUAAACAUGUACUUUGACUUGAAAACACAGUUCACUAUGGCAUGAACCUUGAUAGCGAGAAGAGCAUCAAUGCUCACUCAGUUUAUUUAUUAACUGUACAGCAACAGCUUGUAUACUUGACCUUUGCGACGAAGAUUAAUUCUGGGUUUUUAAUCUCGCUUAUGAGCACACUGUACUUUCAUUAAACAGACGAAUAAUUACUCUAGUGUUGAGAGUUUUCCUAGCACGGCUUUUUACUUUGCAAUGUGACUGUCCAUUCACUCCGUACAAAUAUUAAAGUUCGCCUAUCAUGAUUGAUAGAUAACAGUUUGGGCACAUCUGUCAUGGUAGCGCCAGUGCUAAUGGCGAGUAUUAACAUAACAGCUUCUAAAUAAUGAAUAUAUAAUUUGUUAUAAAGAUAUUUCAGGUCAAUAUGCAACUUUUCGUGAGUGCUGCUACCACUGCUAUGACAGAUGCUUCUCGUCCCAUUUAUUUGCCAACGGGCAAAUAGUUCGGACAUCUAAAAUUUUCACCCAAGAUUUUAAAGGGACUCUCUAGGCACCAUAACCACUUCAACAGAUUGAAGUGGUUAAUGUGCAUGGAGUUUGUGGGCACCAGGUCCCACAUUACUACUAAACGGUUUAUUUACCAUUUAGUAGUUAUUCUCCAUCCCUAGCAGCCUGGCCUCUAACGACAAAAUGGAGGCAUGAAUUGGUAAGGCAUGAGACAGAAGUAUAGCUCUACCUCCACCAUAGCAGCGUUGUACGUCCAGCUUGAGACUGACAGGGACUGAGAAUCUCUAUUAAAUGGUGAGUAAACCGUUUAAUAGUGAUGCAAAUUCCAAACCCACAGACUCCAGAUGCAAUAAUUACUAUAAUACAUUGAAGUGCCUGCAGUGUUUCUUUUAGCAAUAUUUAGACGGCCUGAAAUUGGACACAAACGCCCUGCAACGUCCCUAUUACAUUAGACAGAAGGGUAGAAUAGUGGAUCAGUGACAUCAUACAUUCUGUUAGGAUUUGGGGUAUAGGAUGCAGGGUUGAGAUGGAGAUUAGAUAAAAUGGAAAACUUUUUUUUACUGCAGUACCCAUAUUAGGAUUUUUGUCCGCUAUCUCUACUUAUUCUCUGAUUAUUCAGUUUUCCUGCUGAGCAAGACCAUUAACUCCCAGAAUCACAGCAGUAACAACCACUUACAGUUUAUAUACUCUCUUGUUACGCAUAUUUGGUUGAAAUAAAAGAAUGCUUCAUAUUGUUUAUAUAAAAACAAAACAUUCUUCUGUUGUUGAAAGCUAAAAUUUGUUUUGGUCACAUAAAACCAUUUUUACACAUUUUCAAGUUUUUUGUUUUCUUUAAAAGGAAAGUAUGGCGAGAAAAUGUCUUAGAAAUUUUAAGUCAUUGUAACAAUGGAGUGUGCUGCUUAAAGUAGACAUAUCAUUCAUUUUCAAUAUUUUGAAAGAACCCAUGUAAAAUUGCUUAUAACAAAAUACAAAGGACCUCGAUUUCUUACCAUGAAAGUGUCUCUCCAAGUCCCGCCCUCCCACAAUCUCUCCCUCUUUUUCCCCUAGUGUGCUUGAGUGGUGAGUGCUGCCUGUAUGCAAAGUGUGCCUUUAAGUUUGUGCUUGCUGGGUAUAGUGUGUGUGUGUGGGGCAGAGGUCUGUGGUUUCAUGCCCUCCUUCCUUCCUUUUCUGUAGGGCGAGGGGCUAUGAUCCCUGGUGCAGCAAAGAGUCCUGGAUCCCUGGUGGCCCAGUGAACAGCAUGUGGUCUUUAUCUCUAGCGGGUGCAGACCACAGUUAUUGCUCCCUCCAGUCCCCGUGCUCAGGCUGUAUCAGGCAGGGAAGAUGCGACUUGGGCUGCAUAAACAAACUCUAAAUGGCAGAGAAUUGAGCAGUGACAUGACAGGGGCAUGAUACACAUACCAAAACAACUUCAUUAAACUAAAGUGGUUUGUGCUUGCCACUACUAUGUAUUUUGCCAGCUGGUAAAAAAUAUUUUAACCAGAAAAACACUCUGGGUUAUGGUAUAAGGAUUAAAUGUGGAAUAAAGUAAAUAUAUAUUUUUAAAAUGUAUGUAUGUAUUUUUACUCAGGUAACAGUCCACCGGCAAUGGUCCCAAAUAAAGGUGCUUACAUGGCAAAGGACAUGCAGAGACUGUCUGAAUAUUUCCAAGUCCCCAUACGGCAGCCAAGUGAUUUUAUGCAUGUUAUGCUUAAGAAAGGUCUGUAGUGUACUAAACUUAUAUGGAAUUAAAAUGUGUGCAAAACAAACAGUAAUCCAUUAAAAAUAAAGAUAGAACAUUUAACCUAUUACAUUCUGUAGUACAGGGCUUGACAAAUUUGCCUUGAAUCUAGGAGCUAAAAAAGUUAGGAGUAAGUUUGUUUGGUGUUUUUUUUUGUUUGUUUUUAAACAACCCUUUUAUUUUCAAUAACAAAUAACAUAUUAAACGGACACUAGAGUCACUAGAACCACUACAGCUUAAUGUAGUGGUUCUUGUGUCUAUUUCAUGUCCCUGCAGACAUUUCAAUGUAAACACAGCUUUUUCAGAGAAAAGGUAGUGUUUACAUUGCUGCCUAGUAACACCUCUAAUGGCAGUCACUGAGACUAUGUUUAGCAUCUCCACUCUCAGCAUAGAGGUGCUGAACAUUCCCCAUAGAGAUGCAUUGAUUCAGUGCAUCUCUAUGAGGAUGCACGAAUUGGCACAACACAGCGUUUUGCCGCACGUUCGCAAUAUCCUCCCAAUGGUUUCCUAUGGCAAAGCUUUGGAUUGGCUGAGAUAAUCAACAUUAAUGGCAAAACCGAAAUGGCUUGAGCAAAAAAGGUGAGUAAGGGAGGGGUUCCGUCACUUAAAUGGUUAGUGUAACACUAUAGUGUAUACAUGUUUGUAUUCCUGACACUAUAGUGUUUCUUUAAAUUUACACAUAAAGAAGACACACACACUGACCAUACACAUUCUCUCACACACUCACAAUUUAUUAUUUAUUUUAAUUUAAUUCCACCUACCUACCUAUUUUCCUGGGGUCCGGUGGGGCUGCUGUCAUCUUCCUGCUCAUCUUGCUCUUCUCCCUCUCGUGUCGUUUAGUGAUGCCGGCGCCAGAGUGACAUCUUAUCCCAGCUCCCAAUAUCAUGUGAGGGAGAAGAGCAGGAAGAUUAUAGUAACCUUGCCGUCCUCCUUGGAGAUCCCUAGUCACCAUGGCAACCUGGGAUGUGUUGUACCCUUUCAACAAACCUUGUGGCCCAGCCAGAGCCAAUAUCCUUAUUAUAUACCAUAGCUGUAUUAAGAGGGUUCUAGUUCAGCUGUCAGCAGAAUGCAGACAGCUGUACUGCAACUCCAGAAAUCUCUGUUGUGCAGCGUCCAAUGAUAUGCAUUUAUUAAAUGCAAUGACAUCACUUACAGCUGUAUGACAAGCAAAAAAUGAAACCCUGCAGGAUGGUGAGGCAAGGCGUGGGGUGGCAGAACAAGGGGCUUUUGUGGAAAUCAGUGUUUUACUAUUUGAACAAACUAAGCAAACUUUGUAUAUCCAGCAUAAAUAACUGCAUAAGCUACACCAUUGCAGUGUGGGCUUUUAACACAGAAACAGAAUGAGAGAGCAGAUAAGAAUCUAGUCUGCCCAAUUUUCGAAAUACUUAGUCCCUUAUCUUAAAGUAAUACUUCCUGAAAUUAUUUGUACAUUUUUUUUUUGCCCCUCUAAUUUAAAACUAUGUCCUCUUGUUGUCUCGUCUUUAAGAUCCUUUAACCUUUCCUGGUAAGUUUUUUUUAUUUUUUAUUAUUAUUUAUUUAUUAAAAAAAUUUUUUAUCCUGCAAUCCAUGAACCAGUUUAGUAAAUGUUUUUCAGAUAUUUUCUGGUUUCCAAGUGCAUCUUGGGGUUGUUACUAUUACCCAAUUUAAAGGGACACUAUAGUCAUCCAGACCACUUCAGCUCAGUGCCAUGUUUACAUUAGGGAUUAAGCCAACCUCUAGAGGCGCAUCUGUGCUACGCUGGAUGCAUCCAUCGUGCAGAGCAUCCAUAGGAAAGCAUUGAGAAAUUUCCGGCGCUGGAUAAAGGCAAGCUGCUGAACCCCCUUCAGCGCCGCAGGAGGGGGACCAUGAGGGUGGGGCACCCUACUGUGGGGCACCCUCACGGAACUACAAUGUCAGGAAAACCUUUCUAGGCUGCUGUUGUUUUCAAUUAAGAAGGUGAGAAUUUGACAUUCUUGCCCCUUUAGUGUACACUGAGCAGUGCUAGGCUAAAGCUGUUAAUGAGGGUAUGAGACAUGCGUAUGGAGGAAAAACAGACCCUGGACAGUGAUUUCACUUAGAAAAUACAUGGAGGAGCAAGGAAAUGCUCAUCUAAAGGGGAGUGAGGCAUGAACUGACCUGGCAACGUAUUGGCCUUGGCAUUGAAGUAUGGGAUUGGUACCACUUAUAAUGCUGAUUGCAAAUGAAAACGCUGGUUAUUAUGACCGGACAACAGACUUGGUUUAUGAAGCUCAUAAAUAUAUAAAUAUACCUCAGAUAUCUCAUCCAUUCAUCAUUUUAUGCAGCAUUUCAGUUUGGGAUCAGUAUUAUAAAAGUAUAAAUCACAUACUCCAAUUCAGGCUUAAUUUGCACUUGUAUACAAAUAAAGAUAUUUUUUUUUAUUUUGGGGGGAGGGGGGGAUGAUGAGAGCAUAUAAGUUCCCAAUCGUUGGUGAUGUAGAGAUACAAAUGCAGGGAACAUUGACAGUGAUGUAUUAAAUAUUAUUGUUCACUAGAGUAGACAAUAAAUCUAGUCCCUCUUUGUCGUAUUUCUGAUCUUUCUAGUAACCAUGUUCACUUUACAGGCAGUCUUUCAGCUAUGCGUUUCGUCACUGCAGUUAACAUGUCUCAUCCAGAAUUUGUAGAGCCAGUAUCACGUGAGCUGUGGGUACGCAUCUGGUCUGAGGUAAGUACAACGAUAUAGAUCACAGUUUUUUCUGUUUUAAUAUAGAUUUCAUUCCAGACAAAAAUGCAUGUUAACCAUCUGUUUCUUUGCCUACAUGUGAUAUGUAUUAAAUGUAUAAUAAAUAAUGCAAAAGAAAAGGAUUGUAGAGGCAAUAUGCUAACAAAAAGGAUGGUAGAGGCACUCAAGGUUGAAUAAUAAACUGAUUUAUUGGAGAAACACCACAACGUUUCAACCUCAACAGAGGUCUUUGUCGGCUUGACAAAGAUCAUUGAGGUUGAAACGUUUCAGUGUUUCUCCAAUAAAUCAGUUUAUUAUUCAACCUUGAGUGCCUCUACCAUCCUUUUUGUUAGCAUAUUGCUUCACUGAGGAUGUGCCCACCUCAGGUCAAAUUAAGCACCAGGGAUUGUGUAAAAAAAAAAAAAGUGCAGUUAUUCUUCUCUGGAUACAACUAAUAAAAAAUGGAGGCUGGGUUUACAUAUGACACUGCUGGUAAUCUUUGUAAACUAAACAAAAACUACUUCAAUAUUUGUCUCUGGGAUUACUUUAGCAACUUUGGUCUUGAUUUUAUAUUUUUGUUUAAGCUUUCCAAAUAGAUCUACUAUUAUUGGAUAAACUUUUUUAAAAUUAUUUUUUACAAUUUAUUAAAUUAUAAAUAAUGUCAUGUUAACAUAUCAAAAUAUUACAACAUUGCAGUGUUUUUUUAAUAAUUUUAAAUAACUUUAAAAGUUCAAAAAUAUUAAAUUAUUUGGAAAGCUUAUCCAAUAACAUUAAAUUUAGACCUUUAUUAGAAAAGUGUAACUAUAUUGGUCUAUUGAUUUGUGUGUGGUUGAAAUCACAUUUUCAUCUGCAUAUGAUUUUCAUAUAGAAAAAAAUCUGGCAUUAUAUUUUUUUUUAAUUCUUUCAGGACAAGGAUAUUACAGAACCAGAAAGUAUAUUAGAGGUAAGCACCUUACAUGAAUUUUUCCAUGAAAAUGAAUUGAAUUGCUUUCCUGUGUUUACAUCUGUGCUAACAAUGUAAUCUUUCUAUAGGCUGCCAAGAAAGCAGGGAUGUCUGUAGAACUAGCAACUAAGCUUUUACAAGCCACGGACAAGCCUGAGGUGAAGAAUGCACUUAAGGAAACCACAGCUGAAGCUCUGAAGCAUGGGGUAAGCUGUGAUAAACCAAGGGAAACUGCUCUUCAUUAAUGUUUAUCACAUUUCAUGAAACCAAGACCAAUACAAUAAAUGUUCACCUUCCUGUUCAAGGGUCACCGUGGUCCCAGUAAGCCCCCCUCCCCUCAUUGUGAAAUGCCUCUGAGAUACAUUAAAUAGACACUACUAUAAUCAAUUUUUCUUAUUAAAUUUGGUAUAGUACCUGGAUUCCUUUGGCACUGUUCCGCCAUUCAGUGUUAAAGGGAAACUAUAGUGCCAGGAAAACAACUUUGUUUUCCUGGCACUAUAGUGCCCCCCUCUCUCGCACCUACCCCCCACUGCUGUCACUUACUUGAUUCCAGCGCCGAUGUCUCUCUGCGCUCCAAUCAAAAACUGCAAUAAUUACCAUUACAGGGUUAAGUGGUCUGGGUGCCAUAGUGUCCCUUUAAACCAUUUUCAUGCAGUUUAGCACUGAAUAAGGGACCCUGACCUCCUACACGCCAGCCGCCACUGGAGGUAUGGCUGAGUGAGAGAUUGCACUCUUCCAUACUCAUACCAAUUCACAUCAGCAAUGAGUGUUGUGUUAGGCCAAAAACAGCUGACACUCGGCCAGUUACCACAUCCUAUUGCUGUUCUGUCUGCCCCAUUGUUUGCCCUGCAUAAAGCUAAAUAUGGACCUUGGUGCUUGUGCUGUGCCCAGGUAGGUGUCAAACUGACAGACUAGAAAACGUAAACACAAGGUUAUUCGCUAAAAUCAGAAUGGCCCUGCACCGAACGAUUCAAAAUCAUUUGGUUGUGUACGGGGCUAAUUUGACUGCUAAAUACGGACAUUAUUUAUAAGAUUUAAAAGAAUGCUAUAGUUAGAAUUAGGAAUACUAAGAUGUAUUCCUAACACUAUAGUGUGGCACUAGCUAUUAAGGUCCCUGGCCCCAAGCCCCCCUCAGAGUGGAGUAAAAAAGUCCCUGUACUUAAAUUUACUGCAUUUCUCAGCCAGUCCCCCUUUAGUAAGCCACUGGGCUAACCAAUUUAAGCCUGUCACAGCGCCCGUUGCCAUUAUGAAUUUAGUAUUUAUUUUAUUAAUAUAUAUUCUAACAGAAGUUUGUUUUUCCUGCAUUGUCUCAGCCAAUUCAGUCCUUCAAGGGAAGCAUUUAGGAGCCUACUACUGCACAUCUGCACCAAUUAGCAUCUCUUAAUGGGACAGGCUAUUAACACCACUACCACUACAGUAUUUGUAGUGGUUCUGGUGUUUAGUGUCCCAUUAAUCAUAAAACAAUAGUGAUGCAAGAAGUGAGAAUAUUUUUCCUUUUUUUUUUUUUUAUUGGUUUAUCUGUAUAAUACAUUUUCUCCUCUCAUUUCCCUUUUUGUUUUAAAACAGGUUUUUGGUAUGCCCAGCAUUGUGGCCUAUAUCAAUGGAGAGCCUCAACUUUACUUUGGAUCAGAUCGUUUUGAGCUUCUAGCUCAUCAGCUUGGUUAGUUUCUGUCUAUGCAGAAUUUUAUUCUAAACUCUUUUACAAUCAACAGAACAGCUCAUCAGCAUUCUUAAAGUGGAUAUCAUAGUAUUUAAUUUGCUAAUCCCGAAAAACACUAUAGCAGUAUUUACCUGUGUGAUCAAUGCUGUGGCAGAAAAAAAAAAAAACUUGAAUGCCUUGCAUGCACACUUCUUGAGUGUUGCCAUAAACACAUUCAUCUAACCGAGGGUAAAUGUGAAAAAAAAUUGUGAGAUUUAAAAAGAAAAAGCACUAUUCAGGUGUGCAAAAAAAACUGGUCCAUUUUAAAGAGACACUGUGAGCACCAAAGCCAAUGCGCUAUACAAAAACACAUUUUGUUUAUAUAAAUAAAAAUAGAGGUAAAUUUCCUAGCCCCCAAAGCACCCCCUUCAUUUGGCACAUGAUAUGGAAUUUUACCAAACCAAAUAAAAAGAACAGCAAUAACUAUUACAACUUAACUUUUUUUUUUAUUUUUUUUUUUUAAUAAAAGUUAAAUAUGUGGGGGAGCUUAAUAUUAACUGUAAAUCAUAUUGGAGUCACUUGCUAAAGUCUUGCAGGAGAAUUCCUUAUUUCUUAACAUUAGUUAAAACUGAAUGUAUAUCUGAGUAUUGACGAUGAUAACCAAAUUCCCUGUUGAGAUAUUUUGGUAGUCUGGAGAGGAUAUCUAAAAGUGAGGCCUAUGAACCCCUUCUACCAUAUAGAUAGUACCUUGAGGUCACCUGGGGUAACAGUACUGUCAAUAUAGUAUUAUGCAAAUACACUAACCAUGCAUAAAGUACAGGAGAAGAUGUAAAAAUAAAGGGAAAAUUAAUUAUACCACAUUAGCAACACAAUCUGUGCAUCACUGUAUAGUAAGCCAAAUGCAGACAACCGAUAAUGAUAUCGUAGUACUUGUCUACAGAGGUCCCCAAUCCCAAAUUUUGUUCCAAUUAGUGUUUUUCACGUAUUACACUCAGUUAGUCACUAGGGGUCACUGCACAUAAUAUACAUCUAGGAGCAAUGUUAUAAUGGCCCCCCAAAAUUUUUUUUAACAAAUAGUAAGAGAAAAAAAUAUAUAAGACAGUCCCCCAAAUGUAUUUCCAAAAUUAACAAAAUGUCAAUUCACUAAGUAAAACUGUACACCAACAAUAUUUUGUGCUUCGUUGCUGUUAUGUCUGUUUCCUCAUUAUUCCUACAAGUAAAGUGAGGAAGAUCUAAAUGCCAGCCAAACAGGACUAAAUCAUAGAUUGACCAAAGAAUACAAAGCAAUGGGAAUGGUUAAUUAGUCAUACAUUUUAGGAUUAUUUUUUUCUUUAUGCAAAAGGGUUUCACCUUUACACUUCCAAAUUAUUUGCACAGGUAAGAUGUGGUUUGAAAAAAUAAAUAGAAGAUACAGCACCCUUUUUUUUUUUUUGUUAGGAGUAUUUGGAGUGUAGUUUCAGAUUUGUGGGAGCACUGUGAAAAUUAAAUAACGCCACUUUACUGACCUUUAAUCUCACCACGGCCGUUGCUCCUCCCCUGGCUGAGAUCAUCAUUGCCAUAAAGGAAAGUGUGUUUGAUUUUGACUGCCUCCCUCUAUGUAUGACUCAAACUAUGUGUAUGUGUGUGUAUAUGUAUUUCAGUCUCAAACAUCACUAUAUGUCACCAUUAAACAAAUAAUGGAGACAGAAUAGGCAUCUCAAUAGUGGUGGGACAUUUUAAAAAAACAAACAUGGAAUUAAAAUGAAUUUGAAAAACAUUUAGUUAUUUAAAUUAUUUAGUAUCAUCCAUUUUUUUAUUUACCAUUUUUUUAGAAGGUGUGUACAUUCCUCUUCGACAUUUGUUGUGUUGGGAUAAAAUCAUGUUUUCCUCAGCAGUCUAGGCAUUUUGAGCUGUAAGCACUACGUUCAUAAAAUCAUUGUGUGUUUACUCUAAGCUCUUGCUCUGCUGAUGUUACAGAGUGUUUGAAUUAAAGUUUUCAUUUUGUUUCAUUUUCAGGUGAGAAAUGGCUGGGACCUGUGCCUUCUAAACCACGAUUGUAAUUUUUUUUUUUUUGCUGCAACUAAUUCUUAGAACAACCAGUGUACAGCGCUUUAUGAAUUCCAAUAAUAAAACACUACUGACAUUGCCAAGUCAAAUAUAUAUAUUUCUCGCGUUACUAUUUUCCUAUUGCAAGAAUGUUUGACCAGCAUUUGGGUUACUGGGAUUCUCAAGCUAAACGUGCAUGUUACUCGUAUGAUGAAUAUGCAUUAGAACAGUUUAUUAUAUAGUUUCAUUCUUUUGUUUUUGUUCACAUGCCGCUCUAGUUUUUUUUUUUUUUUUUUUACUGCAAGCAUCAAUUCUGUUUUUAUUUUAUUUUUUUGUAAGUGGC